CCAUCACGUAGAGCUGUGAAAGAUGUAGUCUGCUUCCAUGCUGCUGAUUUUGAGCGUAUCGUGGAGACUUUGCAGCUUGACCUUUAUGAACCACCGAUGUCACAGUGUGUUCAAUGGGUCGAAGAGGCGAAGUUGAAUCAGCUUCGUCGUGAAGGCGUUCGAUACUCCAAAUUUCAUUUACACCACAACGACAUUUAUUUUCUUCCGCGAAACAUUGUUCAUCAGUUUCGUACGAUAUCUGCUUGUGCAUCAAUUGCAUGGCAUGUUCGAUUGCAGCAGUACUACAUGGAAGAGGAAGCUCCUGAAUAG